AUGAAGCUUCUACUGGAGAAUGAUGCUGAUCCCAAUCGAUCAGAGCCCACUACUUUCACUGCACUUUAUGCUGCUAUUAAUAAGGGCCAGAACGAGGCGGUUAAACUCCUUUUGGAGUGGCAAGCAGAUCCUAAUCAAGUGGUGGGAAAUGUUGAUCCUACUAAAAGAUGUUUUG